CGUGCAACCAAAUAGUAGAAUGCAGAGGGAGCUGACAUCGUUGUUAUUUUUUGUAGAAGUUGUACCCAAACUGCGCAACGACAUACCUUCCAAACAUGAAACUUAAACAUUUAGAGUGACAUUACUACGACGAUGAUUUUCCUUGAAUGUGCGCUCCAUUUAUCCGUUUUCGCUCCUCAUAUUUCCACUGAAGCUUUGUAUGGGGACUCAACCGUAUCCACAUCAUAUAAAGGAGCAUUACAUAUUUAUAUAGUUCAUCUUUCCGAGUAUUUGCGUCUCGACUUGCAGACUUUUUUCAGCAGAGUUUCCAGCUCAUUGGCACGGACAACGAAGCCGAGUACAGCAACCGACCACUGGUCAUUUUUGAGAAACCAUCGGGAACGGAAAACCCAGGAGCAUAUGUGGACUUGGGCAGAGCGUACAGCUUAUGCAAUGGUGGCGCUAGUCCCGAUUCCGAGACCAUCGAUGACGUGCACUAUGGUGACGUUUUGCAGCAGCUUAUUGUGCACCCAACACACAGGAUUGCAGAUUCCACAGGAGAAUGACCGCGGUUUUUAUUUAUUUUCCUUUCUGCAUAGAAGACUCCUACAUAAUUUGUGGGAAAAAGGGUAUGAGACCGAUGGCGUGGAUCAGGCGCCUGACACGUCACUGCAACAAAUAGAUCAGAUGAGGCCUUAGGGCGACUGGGGUUACUACAAGAUGGAUCCGCGCAUCGUCCCAGUUACUUUCGACGGCAAGAGCUCUUUUGAGAUUCUGGAUGAUGGGCAAGGUGCGUUUAAUAGCUUAAAGUGUUGCGAAGGAAAAGGAUCCUAAACAAAGGUGAAGCAUCUAUCCUAUCCUGAACCAUCAAACAGCGAUGAAGCAGAUAAAGUCGAAGAAAUAGAAGGAGAAGAAUGGUCUUCGAAUGUAGACAUACUAGCAUGUCUGUAUUACUAUUAUUUAUUAAAGAAAGUCCCUUCUAAUUCUAUGAGGAUCACAGAUUGGCACCUGUUCUCCUCGUGCCGGGAGCUCUGGGCUGCAGGUGGUGCUUAUGGCACAGAGCCCUGACACCAUCCCUCUACUUCAUCGGUUACCAAUAAAAAACUUUUACAGGAGGUCCUCCAACCAUUUCCCUCCCCCUCACACAAAACUUCUCUUUGUUUAUAAUUUUAAGCUCUAGUGCAGGGGAUAUUUUACCUUGCGACCUACAAUCUAGUCCUGUCAUCAUUAUUAACGAAAGUCACCUAAACCCAAACAAGUAGGACCAUCACAAAUCCGACUUUGAUGUUGCGCCACUAGCAUUACCCCCGACAACUACGCAAAGAUAAGAGCAGAACUUACCCAGGAUCAAUUGUGAGCACAACCACGAAAAGAUGAGUAAAGGAAGACCCAAACGGAUACGAAUUAGGCGAACCUAAGUAUUGACGUAAUGCAACUCUACAUUGUUUUGCAGUGGAUAUCUGUUCUAUUUCAAGCGAUAGAAAGCAAGAAGAGUAUAAUCACCGGCAUGUGCUACUAACAAAAAAAAGCUUGUUCAGCAUCAUCUUGGUAAUUUGUUUG